AUGUCUGGACUCAAUGUCUCCCUUGGUUACUUUCUCGCUGUUGUGGCGUUUGGUGGAGCUUUUACAGUAUUUUUCAGAAAAUGGCCUCGUUUGAGCGUUGCAGCAGAGUUUCCGGCCUCAUUUGUGCUGGUGGCAUGCAGGCUGGAGGUGCAGACCAUUAUAGAGGUGGGCGAGUGGGCAGGAGGACUGGGUCCGGAUGUGACUCUAACCAUACUGUUUUUGGUGCUGCUGACUCAUGGUGUGAUCUGUGCUGGAGCCACUGGAAACCCCUCCCUGACUCUGAUGAAUUUCCUGCUGCUGGAGACCCAUACUCUGCCCACUCUGCUGGCUCUGGCUGCUCAGUUCCUGGGGGCACACCUGGCCCUGCUUGCGGCUGGCUACUACUGGGCCCUGGAGCUCAAUGACAUGCACAUGAUUAAGAACCUGAUGUCAAGGGAGUGCAGCACAGCCCUGCGUGUCUCCCUAGUGCAGGGGGUCUUUUCUGAGUGUGUGUGUGCAUUCAUCUUUUAUCUGAUAUACAUCAGCCUGAAAUGUCGCUCUGCGCUGAUUCGGGUUCCUCUCGUUGCAGCUGUGCUCACCUUCUUCUCUCAUGCAGGCAAGUAGCCCAUGAUGACAAUCAUCAUGCGUCUAACCUAGAGAUUUCAGUAAAGAGAUCAUCAUUAAAGUUGCAUAGGCCUAUAUGCUGUUUUCUUUGUGCUAUAUCUGUGCAUCAGAGAAAAACCUGUUUUGCAGACGAUUGCUGCAUUAAGUUCAUGAUCGGAGAACUCAUCUUUCUUUGUAUUUCAGCCAGUGAUUAUACCUCGGCUUUCCUGAACCCCUCCCUGGCCUAUGGCCUUACCUUCUACUGUCCUGGGUUCACCUUUACGGAGUACUCAGUGGUCUACUGGCUUGGGCCCAUUAUUGGUAAGUAAAAAAAUAAACUGUUACAUACAAACCCCUGAUAAAAAAGGCUUUAUGCUUGACAAUGAAGCAUAACUGCUUAUCAAGCUGGUAAUACAGAUAUCCUCUCUUCAGGAAUGACCCUUGCCCUUCUCCUGUACAUGGGCCACAUCCCCAGGAUUUUUACCAAGAACCUGCUGUAUUCCCAGAAGACCCGCUUCCGGGUGCCAAAGGGGGAGGGAGAUAAAAAAAAAAAGUGA